CCAGGACGUUAGCCUUUCUGCUCGCUGCGCCUCCGGCAUGGACACCCUGUGCAGCUCGGGGGAGAUCGGCUCCAAGUUCUGGGAUUCCAACCUAUCUGUGUACACGGACAACCCGGACCUCACUCCCUGCUUCCAGAACUCCUUGCUAGCCUGGACCCCCUGUGUCUACCUAUGGGUUGCCCUGCCCUUCUACCUGUUCUACUUGAAACACCAUCAUCGAGGCUACAUCAUCCUCUCCCACCUGUCCAGGCUUAAGACGGGCCUGGGCGUCCUGCUGUGGUGCAUCUCAUGGGCGGACCUCUUCUACUCCUUCCACAGCCUGAUCCAUGGAGGGGCCCCUGCUCCUGUCUUCUUUGUCACACCCCUGGUGGUGGGGAUCACCAUGCUGCUGGCCACCUUGUUGAUCCAGUAUGAGAGGCUGCGGGGAGUGCAGUCUUCCGGGGUCCUCAUCAUCUUCUGGUUCCUGUGUGUCGUCUGUGCCAUCAUCCCCUUCCGCUCCAAAAUCCUUUCAGCCAUAGCAGAGGGCAAGAUCUCAGACCUCUUCCGCUUCACCACCUUCUACAUCUACUUUGCCCUGGUGCUCUGUGCCCUCAUCCUGUCCUGCUUCAGGGAGAAGUCGCCACUCUUCUCCCAAGAGAGUGAUGACCCUAAUCCCUGUCCAGAGGCCAGUGCUGGCUUCCUCUCCCGCCUGUUUUUCUGGUGGUUUACAAAGUUAGCCAUCCUGGGCUACCGACAGCCCCUGAAGGAGCAGGACCUCUGGUCCCUGAAUGACGACGACUGCUCCCAGAGAGUGGUACAACGGGUGCUGGAAGCUUGGCAGAAGCAACAGAAGCAAGAUGUGGGACCCAAAGCUACAGAAACAUUUGGGAAGAAAGGCCCCCCUGAGGAUGAAGCACUGCUGAGGAGUACCCCCAGAUCGCGAGAACCCUCGUUCCUGCGAGCCCUGCUGACUACCUUUACUUCCAGUAUCCUCAUCAGCGGCUGCUUCAAGCUGAUCCGGGACCUGCUCAGCUUUGUCAAUCCCCAGCUGCUCAGCAUAUUGAUCAGGUUCAUCUCUAACACUGAGGCCCCUACCUGGUGGGGCUUCCUGCUGGCUGGGCUGAUGUUCGUGAGUUCCAUGAUGCAGUCGCUGAUCUUACACCAGUAUUACCACUGCAUCUUUGUGACCGCCUUGAGACUACGCACGGCAAUCACAGGUGUCAUCUACAGGAAGGCACUGGUCAUCACCAGUUCAGUCAAACGUGAGUCCACUGUGGGAGAAAUGGUCAACCUCAUGUCUGUGGAUGCCCAGCGCUUCAUGGACGUCUUCCCCUUCCUCCACUUGCUGUGGUCAACACCCCUGCAGAUCAUCCUAGCCAUCUACUUCCUCUGGCAGAUCCUGGGUCCCUCUGUCCUGGCUGGAGUGGCUCUCAUGGUCUUGCUGAUUCCAUUCAAUUCAGCUGUGGCUGUGAAGAUGCGGGCCUUGCAGGUGGAACAAAUGAAGCUCAAAGACUCUCGCAUCAAGGUGAUGAGUGAGAUCCUGGGUGGCAUCAAGGUGCUGAAGCUGUAUGCCUGGGAACCCAGCUUCCUGAAUCAGGUGGAAGGCAUCAGGAAGGGCGAGCUCUGGUUGCUGGGCAAGGGUGCCUACCUGAAGGCUAUAUCUACCUUCGUCUUGGUCUGCACCCCCUUCCUGGUAACCCUGGCCACCCUCGGGGUGUACGUGUGCGUGGACCCAAACAACGUGCUGGAUGCUGAGAAGGCCUUCGUGUCUGUGUCCUUGUUCAACAUCUUAAAGGUCCCCCUCAAUUAUUUGCCCCAAUUAAUCAGCAACCUGACCCAGACCAGCGUGUCUCUGAAACGGAUCCAGAAUUUCCUGAUCCAAGAUGAACUUGACCCACAGUGUGUGGAGAGAAAGAACAUCUCCCCAGGCAACGCCAUCACCAUACACAGUGGCUCCUUCACCUGGGCCCAGGACCUGCCCCCCACCCUGCACAGUCUCAACAUACAGGUCCCGAAAGGGGCACUAGUGGCUGUGGUGGGGCCGGUGGGCUGUGGAAAGUCCUCUUUGGUGUCCGCCCUGCUGGGAGAGAUGGAAAAGCUGGAAGGCACCGUGUCUGUGAAGGGCUCUGUGGCUUACGUGCCCCAGCAGGCGUGGAUCCAGAACUGCACACUUCAGGAAAAUGUGCUGUUUGGUCGAGCCAUGAAUCCUAAACGCUACCAACAGGCAUUGGAGACAUGUGCCUUGCUAGCUGACCUGAAGAUGCUACCUGGUGGGGACCAGACAGAGAUUGGAGAGAAGGGUAUUAACUUGUCUGGAGGCCAGCGGCAGCGGGUCAGUCUGGCCCGAGCUGUUUAUAGUGACGCUGACAUUUUUCUCCUGGAUGACCCACUAUCAGCUGUGGACUCUCAUGUGGCCAAACAUAUCUUUGAUCAAGUGAUUGGGCCGCAGGGUGUGCUGGCAGGCAAGACUCGGGUGCUGGUGACGCAUGGCAUCAGCUUUCUGCCCCAGACAGACGCCAUCAUAGUACUGGCUGACGGACAGGUGACUGAGAUGGGACACUACUCGGCCCUACUACAGCAUGAUGGCUCCUUUGCCAACUUCCUCCGCAACUAUGUGCCCAAUGAGGAUCAGAAGUCCCUGGAAGAUGAGGAGAUGCUGCUGAUUGAUGACACAUUCAGCACCAAAACAGCCAUGACGGAUAACGAGUCAGUCACAUAUGAGGUCCGGAAGCAAUUGAUGAGACAGAUGAGUGCCAUGUCUUCAGAAGGGGAGGGCCAGGGUGAGCCUGUGCUCAGGAGACACUUGAGCCAAUCAGAGAAGGUGACGCAAGUGACAAAGGAGACUGGGGUGCUAAUCCAAGAGGAGAAAGCAGAGACUGGCACCGUAAAGCUGAGUGUAUACUUGGAUUAUGCCAAGGCUGUGGGGCUCUGGACCACUGUGGCUAUCUGUUUCCUGUAUGCGGGCCAAAGUGCAGCUUCCAUUGGGGCCAACAUAUGGCUCAGCAACUGGGCCAAUGAGGCUACCAUGGACAAGAAGCAGAACAACACCUUCCAGCGGCUUGGAGUCUAUGCUGCCUUUGGAUUUCUGCAAGGAUUACUAGUGAUGCUGUCCUCCUUCACAAUGGUGAUGGGGGGCAUACAGGCUGCACAUCUGCUGCACAAGGCGCUGCUGUACAACAAGAUGCGCUCACCACAGUCCUUCUUUGAUACAACGCCAUCAGGCCGGAUCCUCAAUCGCUUCUCUAAGGACAUCUACAUCAUUGAUGAGGUUCUGGCCCCCACCAUCCUCCUUCUACUCAGUUCCUUCUACAGUUCCAUGUCCACCCUUGUGGUCAUCGUGACCAGCACGCCGAUCUUCUCUGUGGUUAUCCUGCCUCUAGCUGUGUUUUAUGCCUUUGUGCAGCGUUUCUAUACGGCCACAUCUCGGCAACUGAAGCGGCUGGAAUCGGUCAGCCGCUCACCCAUCUACUCCCACUUUUCGGAGACACUGACUGGGUCCAGUGUCAUCAGAGCCUAUGGCCGCAGCCAGGACUUCAAGGUCCUCAGUGACAGCAAGGUGGACAGCAACCAGAAGAGCUGCUACCCUUACAUUGCCUCCAACAGGUGGCUGGGUAUCCAUGUGGAGUUUGUGGGGAACCUCGUGGUGCUCUUUGCCGCAUUGUUUGCAGUGAUUGGGAGAAGCAGCCUGAACCCAGGGCUCGUGGGCCUGUCUGUGUCCUAUGCCCUAGAGAUGACAGAGGUUUUAAACUGGAUGAUCCGAAUGAUGUCAGAUCUGGAGUCAAAUAUUGUGGCAGUGGAGAGAGUCAAGGAAUAUUCUAAGACAGAGACGGAGGCCCCAUGGGUGAUAGAGGGCAGCCGCCCUCCCAAAGACUGGCCCUUGAAAGGAGAAGUGAAGUUCCAGAACUAUUCUGUGCGGUACCGACCGGGCCUUGAGUUGGUGCUGAAGAACUUAACAUUGCAUGUGCGAGGUGGCGAGAAGGUGGGCAUUGUGGGUCGCACAGGGGCUGGCAAAUCCUCCAUGACCCUCUGUCUCUUCCGAAUCCUGGAGGCAGCUGAGGGUGAAAUCCUCAUCGACGGCCUCAAUGUGGCCAAUAUUGGCCUCCAUGACCUGCGUUCACAGCUCACCAUCAUCCCCCAGGACCCCAUUUUGUUCUCGGGGACCCUGCGCAUGAACCUGGACCCCUUCGGCCAUUACUCAGAGGAGGACAUUUGGAAGGCCUUGGAGCUGUCUUACCUGCACACGUUUGUGAGAACCCAGCCAGCAGGCCUGGACUUCCAGUGCUCUGAGGGUGGGGAGAAUCUCAGUGUUGGCCAGAGGCAACUUGUGUGCCUGGCCCGAGCCUUGCUCCGCAAGAGCCGAAUCCUGGUUUUGGACGAGGCCACUGCUGCCAUUGAUCUGGAGACCGAUGACCUCAUCCAGGCGACCAUCCGCACUCAGUUUGAAAACUGCACUGUGCUGACCAUUGCCCACCGGCUUAACACCAUCAUGGACUACACCAGGAUCCUUGUCCUAGACAACGGUAUCAUUGCUGAGUUCGAUUCUCCAACAAACCUCCUUGCAGCUGGAGGCAUCUUCUAUGGGAUGGCCAAAGAUGCUGGACUUGCCUAAAAUCUAUUCCUGGGAUUUCUUCCUGGUCUUUCCUGGAAGGCAAAUGACAUCAUAUGUCUACUGAAUGGACUUUAUGGCAAUUGCUCAAGGCAUUUGUGAGAUGGGUGCUCUGUAAAGUGCCUCACAGAACAGGCACGUGAACACUGCAAUGAAGACGGAGCAAGGCCCGAGAGGACACAGCUAGUUUGAAGCAGAGCCUGGACUAGCCCUGGGUAUCCUGAUUCCCAAUCUAGCAUUAACUUUUCAUAUUUUCAAAUUAUUUUUUCCACCUGGAACAGAAGACUACGAGGUCAGCUUGUCCUAGGAACCAAGUCAUACUCCAAGUGCUGCCUGAAUGCAUUACAAUAGAAUGCAGACUGAAUAAAGCUGGACCGUCAAC